AUGGCCAGUGGCUUCUGGAUCGUGCCCAUGACGGAUCGGGCUCGCGAGAUCUCAGCAUUUAUCACCCCGUUUGGAUUGUUCGAAUGGAGUCGCAUGCCAUUUGGUCUGGAAAAUUCCCCGCAGAUUUAUCAACGCCUCGUAGACAACGCGUUGUAUGGAUUCCUGAACACCUCGCGAUCAGGCGAUGCUGGAACUACAACGGACGUGUUUCAGACAGGGAUCGCGGACGAUCCUGAUCGGGACUCAGUGUUGGAACGGAGAUCAUACAUUGACGACAUCAUGAUCGCAGCAGAAUCAUGGGAUCAAAUGUGCCAAAGGGCGGAAGAUCUGUUGGAGGCCUACGAUAAGUGGAAUUUAUCGAUCAGUGUAGCCAAGAGCUUUGGGGGCAUGGAUAAUGUAGGAUAUCUGGGACACCGAGUGUCGAUCGGGGGUCUGGAGGCGAAGCCAAAAGAUCUGAAAUCCCUGGCCGAUCUAUCAUUCCCCGGAUCACUUCGAUCUAUGCAGUCGUUCCUGGGUAGUUUGAAUUACUACAGCCGAUUCAUUGAAGACUACGCUAUCUACGCUUCGGUGCUCUAUGAGUUGCGCAAGGUGGAGUUUGCAGAACUGGAGAAACGAUCGGAUCUGAGGAAGAUCAUGGACCAGAACGACCCGAUUGUUCGAGAUCACGGUCCACCGGAACUGCAGUUGGGGGAAUCGGUAGACGAGAGCCACUUCGACGAGACAAGAACGCCGGUAGUUAUCGUAUAUGCCAGUGAUUGGGUGAUAUCCACUUCGUUGACGCAAGAACACGACGGGAUCUACCAUCCGGUUGCGUUCGCCAGCCGCACCUUGAAGGCGAACGAGUUGAAUUACAAUGUGACCGAAAAGAAGGUGUUCGCACUGCGGAGGAUCUUGGAUCUCUAUUACAAUUUGCUAGUAGGACGCGAGAUCCGAGUCCUGACGAGGCAUUCUACGUUGGCCUGGCUGUUCAAGUCGACGGGGUUGCAGGGUCGCCUGGGACAAUGGUCUGCCCUCCUGGCCCCAUGGACACUUGAGAUCACGAAGUGCACGAAGGGUGAAGAUGAGAUACUGGGGGUGAUCGCUGCUAGCAUCACGCCGAGGGCGAAGAUCGACGACGCACUGACCGAAAUCGCUCCCCGGAAGGAACCUAAACGCCGGAUCCAAGCUCCGAUACCCACCGUAGAUCGAGAAGAGGAAUUAUGGGUUGUCAAUUUUGACGGACCCGCUCAAGUGAAGCGUGGCGGGGGCGCGUUCAGCGCGAUCGUGUGGAGACUCCCCGGAUGGGAGGUGGUCAAAGCUAGAUCGGGCUAUCUCGAGAGCCUCACCGUGAACGAAGCAGAAUAUAACGGCCUGAUCCUGGGACUCGACAUGCUAGAGAACCUAGAUCACAAACGUCUAGUGGUCUGCGUAAUCCGACAAGUACGGGGCGAGAUCGACUGCAAAGCACCCGGGCUGACGCUAUUGAAACGGAAGGCCCUCGAUCGUCUGCGGAAAUGGAGCGAUCACGAACUGGUGCAUGUGGAGAGAGACUGGAACGGGAGCACUGACAGUCCGGCGAGUGCCGCUUUGCAACGACAAGGCGGGAUCGAGGUUCAGAAAGGUCCCGGGUACCAGGAUCUGGUCACUCUGAACCGGUUGGACGAGAUCUUGAUUCCCAGGACCGAGAACCCAGUGGUGCGAGUUGCAGAGCUUACCACCCGAGCUGCUCGAAUCAUCUGCGAGGCCGUGCAAGAGGAUCUGAUCCGGGAAAUGCGGGUCGAUCGGAUCAAGCAGGUCCAGGAGGAGGAAGUCUGGAUCGCAGGCAUGAAGAAGUAUCUGAGUGGCUCGAUCGCAGAUCUCGCGCAAGCCGAAGCAAGAUCGUAUGGCAAGAUCGCUGCUGACUAUUAG